AUGCUACUUGAGGGUAGCUCGGGCCCCACCUGGGCUCCAGGCGAGCUUGGGAAAGAUGAAGGAGUGCCUUGGCUCCAGAGGCUCAGUCCACGCGUCCAUUGGGAAGCUGACAGUAAUGGAGGUGCAGUGCAGUCCAGAGUGGCCACAACCACAUCAGUGAGCCCCAGGUCAAUGAUAUCUGUGGUGCCAGCUGUGCCAGCCACCACCUACCGCAUUUCCACCCCUGUGAUGCCCAACCUGGUGAAGGCCCAGUCGCUGCCUACGACGCCCUUGCAACUGCAGGUCUCCCAGAUCUCCCAGGUGUCCAGCGCCGGCAACUCGCCACGCUUCUUCGUGCAAGGCAGCAGCCCCACCGUCUAUCGAAGCCUCACGCCCACCGGCACGCCUGCUGCGCCGUCGCCACCUGUGGUCUUUAAUCUGGACAGCAGGCAGGAGAUCCACAGCGUUGUGGUGCUGCUGGGCCUGUCCUUCUUCGGAUUCGUUUGGGGCCUCACAGGAAUGUUCCUCUCGGUGCCCCUUCUCUUCGCCAUGCACGCCUGGUUGGACACCAUCGCCAAGAGGGACAGCUAUGGCCAGGAGGCCUGUGAGGACGCGCGCUUCAUCAUGGGCAUCCUGGAGGGCCGCUGGUUGGCCACGGUGGACGAGGAUCCACAUCAACCGGGCACCGUCAAUCUCCUCACCGGGCACAUCGAGGAAGAGGAGCCUUGGGCGGAGCGUGAGGAGCACGAAGGUGCCAUGGGUCAUUCCGCCUCGCAGGAGGCGGCACCUGUGGCCAGCUGGAAGUGCACGGAAAGGUGCAAGGAAUGCUUGGAACUGCGAGACCCACAGACUGGUGAGGUCUUGGUUCUGGGGCUGCUACUUCGAUGGAUCCUGAUGGCAGGCACCUACACCUUCGUCUUUUUCGGCUUCUGGAUCUUCCACUGGGACCUUCAUUUUCUGAUCCAUCCCUCAGGGGGCCAGAUGUUCAACGCCACCAGCCAUGUGAACGUCGUGCCGGUGGCCAGCCAUGUGAACGUCGUGCCGGUGGUGCCACUGAGCACUGCGGUUCCGCACGCGGAGGUCAGUACUACAAUAGCCAUGACGAUGGCACAGGUAAUGACCAUGGCACCACACUUUCCCUUCAGGCCCGAGGGAGAAGACCUUCACCCUUCCGACGAAGGUGCGCCGUCGGUGGACCCGCUGGAGCAUCGUCCUGAAGGCGCAGCAGCUCCUGAUCUAGGGCCGCGAGCCUCCGAGAGCCCGCCCUCACCAGGCUCCAGUUCUGGGCUGAAGCACCGGAAAAACGCUGUUGCAGGCAACACAAGCUCGCCGCGGCAUGGUGGAGGCGCAGGGCCGGCACAUCUGGAUGGUGAGAGCACGGAUGAGGAUAGAUCUACCUCCCAGAAGGAGGAGCCUGAGCAAAAUUUGGAGACCUGAGGAAGCGCCUGUAGUCUUACCACAAGGAAAC